UACAUGAUGAACUAUAUACGGGACACGUGUACGACCUAAAAUCGAUAUCCAAGUAGAACAAUAGACAUUACCAGCAAAGACACGAAGCCGCUGUAAACCCUAAUCUCCAUUUUCGCAGAGGCCGCCAAGUGAAGCUGCAACACCUACUCACCAAUGGGGAUCGAUCUAGUCGCCGGAGGGAAGAGCAAGAAGACCAAACGUACAGCACCUAAAUCAGACGAUAUUUACUUGAAGCUUCUCGUCAAGCUGUACCGAUUUCUUGUACGGAGAACUGGAAGCAAUUUCAAUGCUGUGAUACUGAAGCGUCUGUUCAUGAGCAAGGUCAACAAGUCUCCGAUUUCUCUCUCUAGAUUGAUCCGAUUCAUGAAAGGAAAGGAGGAGAAAGUAGCUGUACUGGUGGGCGCUGUGACUGAUGAUACUAGGGUUUAUGAGGUUCCGGCAUUGAAGGUGACUGCCCUGAGGUUUACGGAAACUGCGAGGGCAAGGAUCGAGAAGGCUGGCGGAGAGUGCUUGACUUUUGAUCAGCUGGCUCUGAGAGCUCCACUGGGACAGAACACGAUUUGUUUAAUGUAUGCAUGCUCAAGGGCCCAAAAAGCGUAUGGAAAGCACUGUAGCUUAUGGAAAGCUGAAAGGUUCUCCUUAGAGGUCCGAAGAAUGCUCGUGAGGCAGUGAAACACUUUGGUAAGGCUCCUGGUGUGCCACACAGCCACACCAAACCAUACGUGCGGGCAAAGGGAAGGAAGUUUGAGAAGGCUAGGGGAAGGAGGAACAGCAGGGGAUUUAGGAAUUGAGUUGAUCCGCGUUACUUAAUUUUGAGGCAGACUAAUCAUUUCAGUUGUUACAUGUUAAAAUUUUGCGGCAGACUAAUCAUUUCAGUUGUUACAUGUUAAAAUUUUGCGAGACAUGUAGGAAUCUAUGGCUGCUGUUUAUUUUUUCACGUUCUUUAGGAUUUUAUUUUACUGUAUUAGAUUGAGUUAAUUCAUGCUCAGUUUUGAGAUGACUAACUCUCAGUUACAAAUCAAUGGUUUUGAUUUAUUUUUGGCCC